AUGAGCUACUUCCGUAUCACCCUCCUCCGAUCGGCAAUUGGUCUUCCCCGCCGCACAACAGACGUCCUCAAGGCGCUUGGUCUGAAGAAGCGUAUGGCCACUGUCUUCCACCCCGUGUCGUCCUCUGCUGCGGGUCAGAUCAUGAAGGUCAAGGAACUUGUCGAGGUUAAGGAGGUGGAGAACUACAUGAGCCAGCAUGAGGUGUGGCUCGAGCGGAAGCCUGACCCGGGAUACUAUGUUGAGAAGACCAUUGCGCAGGAACGGGGAGAGUCGCUCCAGCAGUAG